UCCCACACGGACAUAUCUCCAUGUUACACUGCGUGAAUAUGGAAGACAGAGGGACCACCUGUGCUAAUUAGCUAUCUAGAAUGCUCAGAACACCUGUGUGUAACAAAGGCAGCCAGAAACUUACUGAAAGAUACUGUUGGCUGCAACUGAUAAAGCUGGUUGAAACAGUGCACAACUCUGUUGAUCUUGGACAAGCAUAGAGGAAUGGGCUGUGGUCCCAUUAUAGUUGGAUCUACCCCUACUAGUCCUGAGACCACACAAGAAGCCCAGCCCCAGGCCUGAAACAUGAGAUCUUUAACCGCUAAGUAAAGAAUGAGGCCUCAGCAACCCCACCCCAGAAACACCAUCACCACUACUACUAACAUAGUCUGUCACACACCUAUUACAACUUAACCCUCAACACAUUCCCCCUGCCCCAGGACCAGCUCUUGUAUCCCCUUCCCUUCCUCACCCUACCACCCCCAUACCAAUACACUCCACAGAGCAGUUUAGCCCACCUCGAGACUUGAGUCACCAGCCAAUCGGCUCCUAGUAGGCUUUGUGCGCCUCCAUCGGCGGCCCUCCCCGGCGGUGUGUUGGUGUGCGAUGGCGCGGCGGGACGCUGAAGGCUGCCGCCGGGGAUUGUGAUGUCAGAGCCCGCCAGCCCGGGCGAGAGCCAGCGCGGCGCUCCCAGAUUCUUCGUGGGCUGCGAGGACGAUGAGAGCGAGGGCCUGGAGGACUACGACAGCUGCAGCAUGAGGACCGACAUGGAGCUGUACGAGGACGACGAGGACACAGACUCGCCCCCGGAGAGACAGAUCGUGGUGGGGAUCUGUUCCAUGAUGAAGAAGUCCAAGUCAAAGCCCAUGACCCAGAUCCUGGAGCGUCUGUGCAGGUUUGAGUACAUCACUGUAGUCAUCUUCCCUGAGGACGUCAUUCUCAACGAGCCCGUGGACAAAUGGCCCCUGUGUGACUGCCUCGUCUCCUUCCACUCCAAAGGAUUCCCGCUGGACAAGGCAGUGAGCUACGCCAAUCUCCGAAACCCACUGCUCAUCAAUGACCUGAACACACAGUACCACAUACAGGACAGGAGGGAGGUGUAUCGUAUCCUGCAGCAGGAAGGCAUCGAUCUGCCACGCUACGCUGUGCUGAACCGCGACCCAGAUAAACCAGACGAGUGUAACCUGGUCGAGGGAGAAGACCAUGUGGAGGUGAAUGGGGAGGUGUUCCCUAAACCCUUUGUGGAGAAACCCGUCUGUGCUGAAGACCACAACGUCUACAUCUACUACCCCACCUCAGCUGGAGGGGGAAGCCAGCGCCUAUUCAGAAAGAUCGGGAGCCGGAGCAGUGUGUACUCACCAGAGAGCAACGUGAGGAAGACUGGCUCCUACAUCUACGAAGAGUUCAUGCCAACGGACGGGACUGACGUUAAGGUGUAUACGGUGGGGCCUGACUAUGCCCACGCUGAGGCCAGGAAGUCUCCUGCCCUGGAUGGGAAGGUGGAGAGAGACAGUGAGGGGAAGGAGAUCCGCUACCCCGUCAUGCUCACCGCCAUGGAGAAACUAGUGGCCCGCAAGGUCUGCCUGGCAUUCAAGCAAACAGUGUGUGGCUUUGACCUUCUCCGAGCCAACGGUCACUCCUACGUCUGCGACGUCAACGGCUUCAGCUUCGUCAAGAACUCCAUGAAGUACUACGACGACUGUGCCAAGAUCCUGGGUAAUAUAGUGAUGAGGGAGCUAGCUCCUCAGUUCCACAUCCCCUGGUCCAUCCCUACUGAGGCUGAGGACAUCCCCAUCGUCCCAACCACAUCUGGCACCAUGAUGGAGUUACGCUGUGUCAUCGCAAUAAUCCGCCACGGAGACCGAACUCCUAAGCAAAAGAUGAAGAUGGAAGUGCGGAAUCCCAUGUUUUUUGAAUUGUUUGACAAAUACGGGGGUUACAAGACAGGGAAAUUGAAGCUGAAGAAGCCAAAACAACUGCAGGAGGUACUGGACAUAGCUCGGCAACUGUUGCUAGAACUGGGUGAUGGAAGAGAAGACUGCGAGAUCGAAGAGAAGAAAUCCAAACUGGAGCAGCUGAAGACCGUUCUGGAGAUGUAUGGCCACUUUUCUGGGAUCAACAGAAAAGUGCAGAUCACCUACCUGCCCCACGGGCAGCCCAAAACAUCCAGCGAGGAGGAAGACACACGCAAGGAGUGCCCUUCUCUGCUGCUGGUGUUGAAGUGGGGAGGGGAGCUGACACCAGCAGGCAGGGUACAGGCUGAAGAGCUGGGCAGGGCCUUCCGCUGCAUGUACCCCGGAGGACAAGGAGACUAUGCUGGGUUCCCUGGCUGCGGGUUGCUACGGUUACACAGCACGUACCGACACGACCUCAAGAUCUAUGCGUCUGACGAGGGCAGAGUGCAGAUGACUGCCGCAGCUUUCGCCAAGGGUCUGCUGGCGUUAGAGGGAGAGUUGACGCCCAUCCUUGUGCAGAUGGUGAAGAGUGCCAACAUGAACGGCCUGCUGGACAACGACAGCGACUCGCUUAGCGGCUGCCAGCACCGCGUCAAGGCCCGUCUCCACGAGAUCAUGCAGAAAGACCAGGAGUUCACAGAGGAAGACUACGAUAGGCUGGCCCCUACAGGUGCAUCCUCUGUGGUUAAUUCUAUGAGAAUUGUGGAGAACCCUGUGAUGACAUGUGACCAGGUCUACACACUCAUCCAGAGUCUCACCUCCCAGAUACGCAAGAGACUAGAGGACCCCAAAUCUGCAGACCUGCAGCUGUACCACAGUGAGACUCUGGAGCUGAUGCUGCAGCGCUGGUCCAAGCUGGAGCGGGACUUCCGGAUGAAGAGCGGCCGCUACGACAUCAGCAAGAUCCCGGAUAUCUACGACUGCGUGAAGUACGACGUGCAGCACAACGCCACGCUGGGCCUGGAGGACACACUGGAGCUGUUCAGGCUGUCCCGAGCCCUCGCCGACAUCAUCAUACCACAGGAAUACGGCAUUAACAAAGUGGAGAAGCUGGACAUAGCGUACGCCUACUGCCUACCUCUGGUCAAGAAGAUCCAGCUGGACCUCCAGAGGACCCACGAGGAUGAGUCCGUCAACAAACUCCAUCCACUGUACUCUCGAGGAGUGAUGUCACCAGGUCGCCACGUGCGGACACGUCUGUACUUCACCAGCGAGAGUCACGUCCAUUCUCUACUCAGCACCUUCCGCUAUGGAGGCCUGCUCGACGAGGAGAAGGAUCAGCAGUGGAAGCGGGCGAUGGACUACCUUGGUGCCGUUUCUGAACUCAACUACAUGACCCAGAUAGUUAUCAUGCUGUAUGAGGACAACAACAAGGACCCGUCGUCAGAGGAGCGUUUCCAUGUGGAGCUUCACUUCAGCCCUGGGGUCAAAGGUUGCGAGGAGGAGGAGAAAGCACCAAUGGGCUUCGGCUUCCGUCCCGCUUCCGCAGAGAAUGAUCAGAAACAGACCGACCCUGGCAGCUUGGAGGAUCUAUCACGUGACGAGCCAGACCGGGCCCUACCACUCUCUGAGCCAAUGGGCAUCCACCGGAGAUCCCCUCUGAUUCGCAACCGCAAGACUGGGUCUAUGGAGGUCCUGUCGGAGACAUCUUCAUCCAAAGCAGGCAGCUACCGUCUCUUCCCCUCCUGCUCUCGCCAGUCCCCUGAGAUGAAGCAGAGUGGUCUAG